AUGAUGUUGAGAAGCACGACCAAGGAAAUGUGCUCUGUGCAAUCUCAGCGUCAUUGUGAAAACUUGUUCGCUCUCUUGCACACUGAGCCGUUCGACUUCUACGUGGACAAUUUCGAGGUCCACGGUGUCGAAGUGGGCAUACCCACGGCGGUGUUUCAUGGUUACCUCACAACGUCGUCGUCACUCAGUCGUGAACAAGUCAUUACUCUAGUCGCCGAGAGUGAUGACGUAAAGUUGUACCAUCUCUCUAAAAUCGGCUCUCUUCCAUCAACUCCUGUCGCAUCGGAGCUGCCAGGAGUGUACAACUGCAGCAAUGGGGGUAUACUGCUGCCAAACAGCACAUGUGUUUGCCCAGCGUUUGUUUCCGGAGCGCAGUGUGAAAUCAUCACGUGCCAGAACUCCGGGAUUCUUGACAAGGGCAGGUGUACCUGUCCACCAGGCUUUUAUGCACUGAAUUGUGAAUCAAGAGGAUGUAUGCCAAGCGUGCAGUCCAAUCUGGACACAUCUCGUCAAUCGUUCAUCCUUGUGCUCAGCUUGCGCUCCAGCAUGGGCUACGAUCUUCAUCAGUUGAUAGAACAGGUAAUGGGAAUUGUGACGGCAAACGGCCCUCAACACACACUCUUUCAGCUGCCCACCUGGAUAAGCGAUAUCGGCAAGGCUGCUCCCGGUUUGAUCGACAAUUUCAUCGUCACCACUUAUUUGCAAUACAGUACGCAUUCAAAGUAUAUUUUUACCAAAUCAAAAACGAAGAAGGACGGGCAAUGA